GAUUGAUAUAAACACCUGUGCGUUUGACUCGUCCCCGUUCGUUCGUGCGAGGAAAGAAAAUAAAAAAGGAGAUGCUUCAUUUGGACUAACGGUAAUAACAAGUGGACAAGAGGGAGAGGUAAAAGGAAUGAGGGAGAGAAAUUUGAAGCAUAGAAAUAACAGUCGUCGAGACUAUGGUAAAAGGUAUAUGUAACGAAUAAAAAAACGAACGAACGAACGAACGAACGAAUGGAGAAACAAACAACCGUACGAAUAAGAGACUACGGAAAAACUGAGGAAGAGAAGAAGAGCGACAGACCGAACACGGCGUGAGUCGCAGCGCGAAAGCGAGCGAAACGACCGACCGAGAACGGAGUCGCGCGACUGGUCACGAGCGGUCGCGCAUGCGCACUGACUUCUCCUACCAAGGCAGGAUUGUAUUCAUUACGAGGAAGAAAAAUCAUGGACGGUUUUGAACUGAUAUCGCAAGGUGCCGAAGCGUGUCUCUACAAAGGGACAUACUUAGGUAAAUCUACUAUAGUUAAAGAGAGAUUCGUCAAAGGUUAUAGACAUCCAGAUUUAGAUAAACGUUUAACGAAAGAUAGAUUAAAGGCCGAGGCACGGGCUAUUCUCCGUGCUAAAUCUGCAGGCAUACCGACACCUGCGUUAUAUCUGAUCAAUUUGGAUCGCCGUACCAUCUAUAUGGAGCACAUGGAAAAUACAAUAGUUUUAAAAAAUUAUAUUGAUGAAAAUGUAUCAGAUAAAGUUAACGUAGAACAUAUAAUCAAGUUUAUAGGAGAAGGAUUAGGAUUAAUUAUAGCUAAACUGCACUCAAAUAAUAUAAUCCAUGGAGAUUUGACGACUUCAAAUGUUCUUUUGAAAAAUAUUUCAGAUGAAACAUGGACCGAGGAUGAAGCUUUAAAUCAUUUUGUUAUGAUUGAUUUUGGAUUGGCACAAAUUGAUUCGACUGUAGAAGAUAAAGCAGUUGAUAUAUACGUUCUUGAAAGAUCUUUGCUUAGCGCUCAUUCAGAAGUAUCCACUCUUUUUCCACUGAUUUAUGAGAGCUACCAAAAACAUUAUGCGAAUAAAGCUCAAUGCAAGGAGAUAGUUAAUAAAUAUGAAGAAGUACGAGCUCGCGGACGCAAACAUUCGAUGAUUGGGUGAUCAUUAAUGUUGUUUGUUAAAUUUGUUUUCUUUCUUUUGUAUUUGUUUUGAAAUACCAAAAAAUGUACUUGCACCUAUGAGUUUUACUUGUAAAAUUGUUUUACUAUUCUUUUUUGUAACAAUAAAAAUGUUUUUAUUAUCAAACAA